AUGCUGGUCCUCGGGAUGCUGAAACGGGUGGUCAGUGGGACAGCACAGAGCAAAGCCUCUGGCCACUGGAAGCUUGUCUUGCCCUUGCGGUUUCUAGGCAGCUCCCCUUGUCGAAUCCCAGCAGAUGACAGCUUCCACUCCACCUCGUUCUCGGAAACAGAGCCUCCGCGGGUCUUCAUCACAGGGGGUCUUGGCCAGCUGGGAAUAGGACUUGCUAGCCUUUUGAGGAGACGAUUUGGGAAGGACAACGUGAUCUUAUCAGACAUAAAGAAGCCCCCUGCUCAUGUCUUCCACAGUGGCCCGUUCAUUUAUGCUGAUAUCCUGGAUUACAAGAAACUCCGUGAGAUCGUGGUGAACCACCGGAUUAGCUGGAUCUUUCACUACAGUGCGCUGCUCAGUGCUGUAGGAGAAGCAAACGUGGCCUUGGCCAAAGAUGUAAAUAUAACUGGACUGCAUAACAUUCUAGAUGUUGCAGCCGAAUUCAAUAUAAGAUUGUUUGUGCCCAGCACGAUUGGAGCUUUUGGAGCUACCUCUCCUCGGAACCCUGCACCUGAUCUCUGCAUUCAAAGGCCCAGGACCAUCUAUGGGGUAUCCAAGGUCCACGCAGAGCUCAUGGGAGAAUACUAUUAUUACCGGUAUGGGUUAGAUUUCCGGUGCCUGAGAUAUCCUGGAAUCAUUUCUGCAGAAUCCCAGCCUGGAGGAGGAACAACUGACUACGCAGUCCAGAUUUUCCAUGAUGCAGCAAAGAAAGGCACAUUUGAGUGCAACCUCAAGGCCAGUACCAGGCUCCCCAUGAUGUACAUCAGCGACUGCCUCAGGGCCACCCUGGAAGUCAUGGAGGCCCCUGCAGAGCGCCUUUCCAUGAGGACCUACAACAUCAGCGCCAUGAGCUUCACCCCCGAGGAGCUGGCACGGGCCAUCGUUAAGCACAUACCCGACUUCCAGAUCACCUACUCUGUGGAUCCCCUCCGGCAGGCCAUAGCUGAGAGCUGGCCCAUGAAACUAGAUGACAGCAAUGCCCGAAUGGACUGGGGCUGGAAGCACGACUUUGAUCUUCCGCAGCUGGUGGCUACAAUGCUCACCUUCUAUGGAGCCAGCACCAGAUGCGCCCAAGCUAACUGA